AUAUUUUCUGUCUGUAUUUUAACAGCAUAUUCCCCUCUUUCCUGUUGUGAUUUUAUGAGCGAGCCCACUUUUUUUCGCUCAUCCUCACAUUCCAUGGACAGGAUGGAAUGGAUUAGGUUUAUUUGCAUGUUUUUCAUGAAACGUAGCAAUUUUCUUAGCACGUUACAAACAUUAUUUUCUUAUAAGAAAGGCUUUGAAAACGAUUGGAAUAUUCUACAUAAUCUGAAGUACUUAACAUUUAAUAAUUGUCAUACAGAAUACUGAGGUGUUUAUUGGAUGAUUUUGUUCUGUAAAUUGAACCUGUCAAAGAGCUGGUCUGCGAUAACAAACUCCGAUGUCAAGGUCUAGAUAAACUUGAUUUGAAAUCAAAUCAAUCCAUACGUGAUGUGAUUUUUGCAUAUAUUGCAUAAUGUCGUCUGCAUCAAUUUCAACAGCAGAUCACCAACUAGCUCUUAAUUUGCUUACAAUAAUCCUCUAUUAAUUAUUGGGAUAGCCAACUAAACGAAAUCUUAUUCCCCCUCAUCAAUUAUAAUUUUAGUAAAAUUCAAGGGCAUAAACGAUUGCCCAUUGUUACAUUACUGCCAAAUUAAAUUAGUUCAGGGGCUUCCCCGGUAUCUACAUAAAUCUGAAGGUCAAAACUGCCACCAAUGAUGAAUUACAGUGUCAUUCUUCUCGGAGCCACCAUUUCUCUUUCCGUAUUCAUCAGACUGUGCGUAGUCUGUGGUGCGAUUGAAAUAAACUCUGACGAUGUCGAUACAACUCGGAGUAAGUUGUCUCAACAUCUUAGCAACUUGGACACACUACCACCAGAAACGGAUCUAUCAUUAUCUGCCAGUGCCCUUCACCAGUACGAAGUUGAUUAUCGCAAAAUUUUACAAGAAGAUGAAAGAUAUCAGGAACCUGGGCGAGAAGCCGAACUGGAUCAGUUGGUCGAGCAAAGAAUGGCAUAUUUGCGAACAGCACCAACGACUACAAAAAGUUCUUCGACGACACCCAAAAAAUUUGAUGAGAACUAUUAUGAGGAACAGAUUUGCGGUAUAAUGCACAACAUUCGACACAAGGACAUCGGGCGCGACGAUGAGUUGCGAGAGAGUCGCUUCAUUCCGGACGGAUUUGCCCCCUUGGGCUGUUUUUAUGAAGAUGAAUGGAAGAAAUAUCUCGUGUGCAACGACAGGAACAUGAGAGAAGUGCCAUAUCGACUACCAAGAGAUUUGGAACGACUGCAUGUGAGUGGUACCAAGAUCCAGCAAGUUAACAGGACAAAUUUCGGACAUGUGUCCAUCUCAAAUAUCCAGUUUGUUCAAAAUGAGAUAACUGACAUGCAACCCUGGGCUUUCUCGAAUGUUGAUAAUAUCCACACCUUGGAAAUUAUGGACAAUUAUUUAUCAUACUUGGCGUUUGACAUUUAUUUUGGACUGAAGGACGUAAUGGCUCUUCACUUGGAUGGAAAUCAAAUAUCGUUUAAGAUUUACGAAAAUUGUUCUGCGCGAACAGAUAUUUCUGAGAUACCUUUGGUUUUGCCAAAAUUAAGAGUGCUCAUGUUAAGAAGAAAUCCGCUCCAGAUAAUUCCUGCACAAAUGUGGGCAGGUCUUCGUGAAAGUGAAUUGACAAUGUUGGACAUGAGCAGUUGUGCUUUAGAAUUUAUUCAUCACGAAUCAUUUAAAUUCCUACCCCGACUGCAGACAUUGUAUUUGAUAAAUAACCCGAGACUAAUGCCAACGCUAGCCAGCGCUUUCGAAGGGUUAAGGAAUGGAGUGCUUGAAAAUCUUGCCUUGUCCGACAAUGGUCUGCACAGAUUCCCAACUGAGGCAAUAUCGAUAGUUGCUGAUACAUUGUACAGCUUGGAUUUGUCCGGGAAUCCUCUAGCAUAUUUAAGUACGGACGAUAUACCGUCAAACCUUAUCAGGAUUCGGACCCUUAAUCUCGCAAAUUGCUACCUAAUGGAUAUUCAGGAUGGGACGCUGGAUAGGAUGCCCAGUUUAUUGACACUCUCAUUAAACUAUAAUUUUCUUAAAAGUGUCCCUAAAAUGGCUAACCUCACACACUUGACUUACUUAACUUUGAGCAACAACAUUAUCAUUCCGGCCCCUGAUGUUAACAACGGAGGUGCCCAGCGGAGAUUUAUAAUUACGGAAAAUUCCUUUACUAAUCUUCGUUCAGUUCGUCAAAUACUUUUGGCAAACACAAAUGUAAAGGAAAUUCCAAAAAAUACGUUUUCCGGGCUCAGCAAAUUGGACUCCUUGGUGUUGGACAAUACGGAGUUGAAGCUGAUCGAGGAUGGAACUUUCACCGGCUUGGAUGCCCUGAAAUCACUUACCCUUUCGAACAACAGGGAACUUACGUCAAUUUCACCCCUCAACUCCAUGACAUUUUACGGGCUACAAAAUCUAAAGUAUCUCUACUUGGCCAACUGUCAAAUAAAAUUUAAAAAUAUUCCGAUUAAUGACACCAAUGAGACGACGACGAUGGGACCGAGUGAAGUUACCACCGUAAAUGACUCAAAGCCCAGUCUGAUUCCGGACGAGUUCCGACCCUUCAAGUUUCUUUCAACUCUUCAAAAGCUUGAGUUAUCGAACAACAGCAUUACGCACAUGUAUCCUGAACUCUUCUCGAACAAUAUGUACCUCACCCAGCUCUUGUUUGAUGGAAAUGAGUUGGAAUCAUGGAAUACUCCGCUUCUAUCAACGCUAUAUGCCCAAAAUAGAGCUGCCAUGAACGAAGACAGUCUCAUUGAUCUAAAUAAAAACACAAAGUUCGCCCUCUCAGUCAACAAAUUGAGUUUCAUCACAGACGCUAUGAUUUCAGACUUGAUCAGCUUCGGAGCUUACGUAGUGGAUUUAUCUUCCAACAUAUUCAUGUGUGACAAAGGGGCUUGUGCAUUGAGAGAUUUGAUGAGCACGCCGGAUGGAGGUGGAAUAUUUCCUUACAACGUCACUUGGACAAAUAAGGAAUCAUACCGUUGCGUAGAUCCAAAUUCUGAUGUUUUGAUAAAUCUUGUCAAUGUCACAAAUGAAAUGUGCACAUAUUUUGACAAAUCGUUCCCACUACCAGAGGAAACAUCGGGUGAAAGUUCAAACAACUGGACUACGAUCGUAAUUGCCAGCACGGUUUCUUUCGCCGGGGUCAUUGCAAUAGCUGCGGUGGGUUAUAAGCAGCGAGCCCAGAUCAGAUAUUUGAUUUUUAGAGCUCAGCUUAAUAUUUCUGUCCCACGCAAAGCGAAAACGUCGGUUGCGGAGCUUAUCCAGUAUGAUUUUGACAUAUUUAUCUCAUAUCAUAACGAAGACCGGGAUUUUAUUCAGAACAAGUUUCUCCCAGAGGUUGAAGACCCUUCGUUUAGAUUGGAAACAAAGGCACCGGAUCAUCUUAAUGAUUUGGAAAUUGGAUCAAAAUCCGCUGGAUUUAGAGUCUGCUUGCAUGAGAGAGAUUUUGAAGCCGGGAUGCCGAUCACAGAAAAUAUUCUUGAAGCUAUUGACCGUUCUAAAAAAGUAGUUAUAGUCGUUUCCAAGAAAUAUCUCGAGUCACAGUGGUGCACUUUUGAAAUGAACUUGGCAUAUCAUCGUCUCGUAGAAUCGAGAAGAAAAUCAUUCGUUGUCAUUAUUUUGGAGGAGAUCCCAUCAAAUCUGCGGACCAAGGUUCUAAAUUAUUUGAUGAGAACAAAAACUUACCUGGAAUGGCCAGGAGUUGACGGAUCACGUCAAGACGUGCAAAGAUUUUGGACCAGACUAAGAAGCAGCUUUUUGGCUAAAGAAUAAAAAAUCAAAGAGUACAAUAGACUUUAGUUUAUAUUUACAUACAAGUUCAUUAUUUUGUAAUUCGUUUAAACAGGACUGGAUCCUUAAAUAUGUGUAAUAUUGUGUAAUGUGUUUGAUUAAUUUGUGGCCCAGGAUGACUGAUAUAUACUUAUGUACCUACUUAUGGUUAGCCGCAUUUAUAUUAAGAUUGGGUAAUGUAUAUGCACAAAACAUGUUAUUAUAUUGCUUUUAAAUAAUAAAAUGGCUGACGCCAUUCAUGAUCUUGAAA